CGAAAACUUGUCUUCAAUUUUAUGUUUUUGAGUCUUUGAUUUUUCUAGAUCGAGAUGGAUGAAAGCAAGGAGAACCCUUAUGAAGUUAACAGUUGAAAAUUGAACUUUUCUAGUUGUAGGUACUAUUAUUCCUUUUCAGAAGAAUAAGUCACAAAAGAAGCUAAUGGGGGUUCCAGAUCCUAUUUUGUCACUGCACACUCUUGAUUCAUUGACUUUAGCAGAGGAAAUAUUGUAGAAGAGGAUACUACCCUACAGCUGUUAAACUGAGCAAAAAAUUCCAGGUCAACGAAAUGAACAAUAUCAACAUUGUUGAAUGGAACAAGAAAAGAAAAUUACUGAGUGAUCAGUUGGAUUUGCUUCGACCAAAGCAUAAAUGCUGGGUUGGGAGUUUCUCUUCUGAACAUGCUUCAAUGUUUGAAGACAACCUUGCUUUAGAGAGCAUGCACAACCACAUGGUCGAGAGUAGAACAGAAGCAGCAUUCCUUGAUGAUAGGUCCAAACCUGAAUCUGCCAAAGACAGCAAUAGUUUUAUUGAAGACUCUGAUACUGCUAAGUCUAUAAAUGAAGAAACCAAACUUGAGGCAGAUUGUGCAAAUGCAAAUACAUACCUAUAUGUAAAUAUGACAAACUAUAGUGAAGAGGAAGCAUUUGUUGAGAGUGAGUAUAAUCCGUCUUAUCAUGAUCCUGAUAUACAAGCUUUGAAGAAUUCUGAGGAGCACCUUCUGGGAUUAGGAAGCUUUUCAGGUCAUGUUUAUUCAGAAUAUGUUAAAGAAGGCAGUGAGCACCCUGUAGAUAUGGAAUUUGAAGAUUUUCCUUUUUCUAAUGGGGUGAAUCAAAACAUGUAUGUCCUUUCAUCUGGAAGACGCAAUGUAAACCAAGAAGCUCAAUCAAGCACAAGGCCACCAACAAUUGAUCAAGAAUUUGAGCAGUACUUUUCCAUGCUAAUGCUUUAGAGAUUACCUAUAAAAGGAGUACAUAUGUAUAAAUCUGAAAAUUU